UAGCGGCCGUGUCACUCCCUCCCCCUCUUUUGCCUGCCUUCUUUCUCCUGCGCUCCUUUUCUGGCAAGCUGCAGCCGUCUGCGUCCCUCACGUCGCGUUCCUGAGGAGGACCGAGGCGUUUUGUCCCUACCGGCGCUCCGUCUCCGUAGGAGCUGGUCGCACCAUCAUGGCGGCGAUGCUGCUUUUGCGAGAGUUCUCAAUGUCAGCGGCUUUGGCGACCAGGCACUUCGCGCGCGGGGGAGGAGAAGGAGCAGCGGCUGCCGCCGUCGUGGGCGGCUUAAGGGGCAGGUCACUGAACACUUCCACAUGGUGGCUGGCACAGGACCAAGCCCAAGACACGCAACUCAUCACAGUCGAUGAAAAAUUGGACAUUUCACCUUUAACAGGUGUACCAGAGGAGCAUAUUAAAACUAGAAAAGUUCACAUUUUUGUUCCAGCCCGUAAUGCCAUGCAAGCUGGUGUUAACAACACAAAAAAAUGGAAGAUAGAAUUUGACACAAGGGAGCGUUGGGAAAACCCACUGAUGGGUUGGGCGUCUUCGGCAGAUCCUCUAUCCAAUGUAUUUCUAACCUUCUCUACAAAAGAAGAUGCUAUUGCCUUUGCUGAAAAAAACGAGAGAGAGGAGGCCCACCUUCUUCCCCCUCCCACGGAGUAUGCCGCAAACACUCCAGGCUGGAGCUAUGAUGUUCAAGAGCGGAGGAUUCCAAAACCUAAAUCCAAGUCUUAUGGUGCAAACUUUUCUUGGAACAAAAGAACAAGGGUGUCCACAAAAUAGGUUGGCAUUGGCUGUCUGUGCGUCUGACUGUGAAUAAAGUCAGCUGUGCUGUAUUUAUAGUCCAUGUAUAAUACAUCUCUUAAUCUCCUAAUAAAUUUGACCUUUAAACUACUCAUGCAUCUUGUGGUGUCUAUUUAAAAUGUUUUUGAUGUCUCCAAUUGAACCUGUUACAAACUUCCCUAUAUUUAGAGAGGAGAUUUGGGGUGUUCAUACCUCUAGGAAAUUGCUGUAUGUGGAAUUCAUUAAAAGGAAUGUUUGAAAUGAGCUGCAACAUUAAAGAUCAAGCCUUGCCUUUUGGAGUAAUUUUAUAGUUCAAUAAAUGCCUUCCCUUUCACAAAGAAAGGCUGCUGUUAGAUGUUCCUCUAGGGUUUUUCUUAUUAUUGUUAUAUAGAAGAGGUUAAUCAGUUGUAACUGCUGCCAGCUCUCAAUAUUUGCUUACUGUUUUAAGCGGUUCUGUAAACUACAUUUUCGCUAAGCAUCUUCCAGUUCAAAUGAACAUUUCUGCUGUACAGCUGACUUCCCAGAAAGAUUCCUUAUCUGAAUAAAGGCUAUCUCUGAAAGAUUAAA